GUUGGUGAGAAUCCCAUCCUCCCUCUUAGCCGAUCUCACUGUUCUACCUCAUCGACGGCGACGGCGACGGCGACGGCGACAGCGAAGGUGACACCGGCUCCUCCUCGUUGACUGCGGUAACUCCGUCAACUUAUUGCUCUAGCUUGUAUCAACACUAUGAUACUAUUCGGAGGACCAUGCACUUUUUUAAUCUUGAUCCUGCUGUGGAGCAUUUUGAUAAUCCGGUUGCUAUGGAUAUAAGGGAAUUUAUUUCCUUGGAUGAUGUUAUGGAGGAACUUGUUCUGGGCCGUAAUGGUGGCCUUAUUUACUGCAUGGAGCAUCUUGAAGAGAAUCUUGAUGAUUGGUUGGCAGAAGAACUGGAUAACUAUUUGGAUGAUGACUAUCUUAUUUUUUAUUGCCCAGGGUUAUUCCAAAGUCUUUGAUGCCAAGACAUGACAAUGUCUUUGUGAAAUUGGUUUGCUCAAUUCAAUAUCGAGUUUUCAAGGCAGAUGCUGAUGAUGCAUUCUAUGAGUUGCAAAACCCUAGAGAACAAAUUCAAGCUUAUGUCUUUGAUGUUCUAUGGGCUCAUGUUCCUAGAAUGACUCUAGAUGAGCUUUUUGAGCAGAAGAAUGAUGUGGCACAGGCUGUCUUGGAGGAAGUUGAAGAGGUGAUGGGAGCCUAUGGCUACAACAUAAAGCAGAUUCUCAUGGUUGACAUUAUACCUGAUCCCUCGGUGCGCAGAGCAAUGAAUGAGAUAAAUGCAGAUGCAUUCAAACUUGAUACACUUUUGAAGUUGUCAGAUGUUAAAGGCACAGAUGGGAAGACGAGACUAUUGCACUUGGUCAUUCAAGAAAUUAUUUGAUCUGAAGGUGUGCGUCUGCACGUAUGGCUAGAGAGCAAGUGAGCAUCUCUAGUUUGACCACUUCUAGUUUGGGUUCCUUUGAUUUAACUGAAGAUCCUCCCCAAGAAGUCUUGACAAGUACAGCGGCAAACCUUGGCCAUAGAUUGGUAAAGACAAAAGAGUUCUUGAACACAGAUAUGAAGAGUUUAGAGGAGCAAAGCGGUUGUCAUUAUUUUCUCAAGUCUUUUGUAGAACAUGCUGAAACUGAUAUUGCGGUUUUUAUUGCUGUGUGUCAUGCCGGUAGGUCAUGUAGGUUGCAGACAAGUGAGUUGUCUAGUGCAUUGAUCUAGUAACAGAAUGGUUGAAAAUGACAGUAAAACAUCUCUAUUGAUAUUUUUAUUGGUGAAAAUUUGGUUUAGG